AGAGAGACAGAGAGAGAGACGAAGGAGGAAACCCUCGAUAAGGGCUUCGAAAUCUCUCACCGAGAGAUCUCUUCUAGCCUUGAUCGGAAGCCCCAAUCCAAGCUUCUUCGAUUGUAUCACGAUCACCAACCCGUUGUCUUCUUGAUCGCUCGAGCUUAGAUGGCAGGAGCACGGAGUGGAAGUGGGAGGGUGAUGAUAUUCAAUAGAGGUUGCCUUGAUCUCAAUGGUAUGCACAAUCGGAGAUGGGAGAAUGGCUGCUAUGGUGAGGCUUCUAAAAAUUGAAUCCUCACCAGAAAUAACAGCAGAGGAGGCAAACCUCGAGAAAAUUGCCAGGCAGAAGAUACACAAAGAGUUUCAUGAUGCAGAUGAAGAAAAUUUACUUGAAGAAGAAGAUAUGCAUGUAUUUGAUUCGAGGCCAUUAACAGAUCCUUUGCAUCUGGUCUGUUGUAAUGCUUGUAAGAAGCCAGUCAAAGCCAGUCAAUAUGCAGCUCAUGCAGAGCGCUGUGUGCCACUGAACUUUAAGGAGGAACCUAAAAAGGAGUGUAAUAGUAAUGGGAAACAUAAGAAGCCCCCAAGAAAGGGCAGAGAGAAGCUCCAAGCUGCUGACCACAAAUGCACAACAGUGGGGGAGCUAGAAAAUUGCCACCCUCUGGAUGGGAAUGGUAUAGCUGAUUCACAGUCAAAGUUGGAUGGGGAGAGUGGCCUCGUUUCUUCACCAUCUGGAGUACCAAAAGAUGCUCCCAUUCCACUUGCCACCAAAAUUUACCACUUACAAGGAAACCAUCGUCUCCGGUUAGCUCUUGGCGAUCUUUAUCGUCAGGCAUCUGUAAAAGAACAUGGUGGUUAUUCCUUAAGUGCCAACUUAGUCAAGGACAAAGAUUUGCUGCCUUCACAAAUCACAUCACACAAAACUGAUGUUUCUCAGAAGAAGGAGGGAACAUAUUUCUCCGCUUCUGUUCCUAACCCAGAUCAGAAGAUUGCACAAAGUUUAGAACCAUGCUCAAAGAUUUCUAGGGGAUUAGCGUCUACAAUCAGCUCUUCAAACUAUCUCCAAGGGAAUAGUAUCCAAAGACUUGGUCUUCCUGCGGCAACUACAACUACUGGAUUGAUGAGAACCAGAUAUAGUUCAGCAAUAUUCUCAUAUUCUGGGGAGUCAGGCCCUGCUCUGGGAAUGACUGGGAAGACAGAAGGGAGUGUUCCUGUGUUAUAACACUGAUCUCAAUGGAAAGAAUUUUGGUCAUGCAAGGUUUUACAUUGUAUAUUCAGAUCAUUUUACUGGAAAUUCUUAAUUGGGGGAAAAAUUUUUUUUCUGGUGACCUAAUUAAAAUUGGAAAUCAAUUAUAUAUAAUGUAUAUAGUGUACUGUCAUUUAACAUCUUUCAUUUUGUGCUAGCAUGUUGCCCUGACUGGAUCAUCUUUUGUGAUUUUUCUGGUGAUGUUUAUUUAUUAUUUUAUAGGGCAUUUAUGCAGA